GUGGAGACCCAGGUCCUUGCACAAACAAGCUUUGGAGACAAACAACCCCAUGACCCUUUGAGGCUGGUGAAACUCCAAGAAAGGGUCCUUGGAACUAAACCCCACAGGGGGGCCACACGGGACUGAGAGGAGUCCAAACAAAGACCCCAGUCCGAACGCCUCCUCCCAGACAGAGGGGUCUCCAGAUUGAGGGACCAACACACAGGGGUCCCUGAGACACGGACCCAGCGAAAGGAUCCCCAGACUUGUGAGACCUAGAGAGGAAGGGGUUUCUGGAAGGGAACAUCCCUGCCUCCUCACACUGAGGCCAGCCCCGUGAGCACGUCAGCUCCAGCUGCGGGGUCCUGAUGGCGGCCGAGCCACUCACGGAGCUGGAGGCGGCCAUUGAGACAGUGGUCACCACCUUCUUCACCUUUGCAGGGCGGGAAGGCCGGAAGGGCAGCCUCAGCGUCAACGAGUUUAAGGAACUGGUCACUCAGCAGUUGCCUCACCUGCUCAAGGAUGUGGGCUCCUUAGAUGAGAAGAUGAAGAGCUUGGAUGUGAAUCAAGACUCAGAACUCAAGUUCAGCGAGUACUGGCGACUGAUUGGGGAGCUGGCAAAGGAGAUUAGGAAGGAGAAGGCCCUGGAGGUCCGGAAGAAGUGAAGCCAGCUGGCUGGGAUGGGGGCGGGCAUGGCAUGGCUGGGUUGAACCCCACUCCCCACAAAUAAAGCUUUCUCCUUGUAA